CAUCCCUCUGGGCUCCCACCGUCCCCGGGGAAACCAGCAGGGUGGAACGGAGUGGGACACAGGGGUGCUGUCCUGGUUCUAGGAAACCUUUCGCCCCAGAAUCCGAAUUGAGGCUAGCCCAGCCAUUCUAUCCCUCCAGACAUGCUGCUGGGCUCCAGCUGGAAGAAGAAGACGGAGGAUAUUGGCAAAAUCUACGACAUUCGAGAGAAACUCGGGGCGGGAGCUUUUUCAGAGGUGUUUCUGGCCCAGAACCGGUGCUCCAAGAGACUGGUGGCUCUCAAGUGUAUCCCAAAGAAGGCUCUGAGGGGAAAGGAGGUGGCCGUAGAGAAUGAGAUCGCUGUUCUCAAGAAGGUCAGCCACCCCAACAUCGUGGCCCUUGAAGACGUCCAUGAGAGCAGCUCCCACCUCUACCUGGCCAUGGAACUGGUGACAGGGGGGGAGCUGUUUGAACGGAUCAUGGAACGGGGCUCAUACACUGAGAAGGAUGCCAGCCACCUGGUGGGGCAGGUCCUGGGAGCUGUCUCCUAUUUACACAGCUUGGAUAUUGUGCACCGAGACUUAAAGCCUGAAAAUCUCCUGUACGCCACCCCCUUUGAGGAUUCUAAGAUCAUGAUCUCGGACUUUGGCCUGUCUAAGAUUCAGGAGGGCAAUGUCUUAGGCACGGCCUGUGGAACCCCAGGCUAUGUUGCCCCUGAACUCCUGGAACAGAAGCCCUAUGGGAAAGCUGUAGAUGUCUGGGCCCUGGGGGUCAUCUCCUAUAUCCUCCUUUGUGGCUACCCCCCCUUCUAUGAUGAGAAUGACUCAGAACUCUUCAGUCAGAUCCUAAAAGCCAGCUAUGAGUUCGACUCCCCCUACUGGGAUGACAUCUCUGAAUCGGCCAAAGAUUUCAUUCGGCACCUCCUGGAGAGAGACCCUGAGAGGCGAUUCAGCUGUGAGCAAGCUUUGCAGCAUCUUUGGAUCUCUGGAGACACAGCCCUGGACAAGAACAUUCUCAGUUCUGUCACCGAGCAGAUCCAGAAGAAUUUCGCACGGACCCACUGGAAGAGGGCUAUCAAUGCCACAUCUUUCCUUCGGCACAUCACCAAGAUGGGCCAGAGCACCGAGGCGGAUGGGGACGAGGGCCCUGCUGAGCCCAUCGCUCAGGGAGGGCAGCAGAAAAAGUGACCAUGUCUCAUGCCAACUGGCCACUCAUUCAUCAAGAAAUCACUUCACCUGGAGCCAUCUUUGCUGGAAGUGGAGCCCGCUUUGGAUCUUUCGGAUGUUGCUAUCAAUUUCUUUCCUGCCUGUGUCCUGAGUGUUCUCUUUCUCCUCCUCCUCCUCCUCAUUGUCCUUCCUCUCCCCUCUCUCUCCCCCUUCCCUCUCCUCCUCCUCUUUUCCCUCCCCCCUGCCUCCUCCAGUCAUGUCUAUCUGUGCCUGGCACCCCGGCCCCUUCAAUCACUGGGUCUCACGGUUUGGGUUGGAUCUUCUAUAUGUCGGGGGUGGGGGGUGGGGGGGUGGGGGGGAGUAUGGGGAAUCCUUUUGCCUUGAGGAGAGACACUGGUGCUGUUGGGAGGAUGGGUGAGGUAUUGAGGAGGUCCCUGUGAAAAUGUAGCCUAGGAAGCUGGAAGGAGGAGGAGGAGGAGGAGGAGGAGGAGGAGGAGGAGGAGGAGGAGGAGGCUGGGGCUGGAAGCUUGGCUGCUGCUCCCCUCCUAUCCCCAAGGGGAGGGCUGAGCCUGUGGAUUUCUUAGUCCCUCUGAAAGGGCCACAAAGGGUCAGGGACUCAACCCUUAAGAGGAGAGACAUCAAGGGGGGAGAGUGGAAUUGGGGGAGAUCAAUGAUGGAGGCUUUGGGAACCAAAAAUCCCAGAGGGACUUUGGGCUUUUGGAUGAACUAGUUUCCCAUUCAGAGCCUCCUUUCUCUAUUAAAUUUCUGCCUAGCUCCAAA